AUAAAUUUUAGUUCUAUUUUAGCUGGAAUUGUAUCGAAAACCAUUAAAAACUGUAGUUUCGUUCGGUUUCGAUCC